CAGGUGAGCCCUCUGCUGAGGGGAGGAACACUGCCCCCAGGCCAGGGAAACAUGUCCCGUCGGAAACAGACCACUCCUAACAAAGUUCACUCCUGCUGUGUAUCUGGAGGGCCCAGAAAUGCCAUGCAGUGCACUGACGAGGAUAAUCGAAGAGAGCAUCAGCUCCAAGAACUGGGUGAGCCAGCAGAAUGAGGAGUCAGGCUGAGACAUAGCAGACACAUUACUGAGACUUCUUCACAGGGACUGGAGUGGUUGGGAGGAGAGGAAUAAAUGGGACAGCAGUAACCACUACAGCAGUGUGGACAACCCAGAAUAGCGAUGGGGCAGGUGGACUAGAUCCACAGUGGUGGAAAGACUUGCAGAUUUCAGGUCCAGGAAAGGAACACAGAGAAGACCUACAGGAACAGGGACUUUAAAUUGAUGUACAAGGAGGGAAUAAAGUGGCUCAUCUCUGAGAUAUCUUUCUGUUUAGGAAGGAAGACAGGGGAAUGGUGCAGUUUCUUUUGACUUCGCUUUGUGGAUUUUGGGGUGGGAGUUGUUUGUUUGUGUGUUUGUUUUCCAGAACACCUGAGAGUUAUCCUGCAUUCAUAAAGUUCAAGAAAGGAAGGGUUCAGGAAAAAAAAUAAUUUCUGGCUACCAAGUUGCUACACAACCAGAUCCUAGCAGUCAUAACUGCCUCUUGCACAGUACCACAGGGCUGCCCCCCACCUCCACAACUGCUCACAGGACAUCCCACUCACAUACAAGAUUAUGGAGAUGAGAACUGGAGUGCAAAGCAGAGGCAUUUGUACAGUCUUUCUCUGUCCUGCGUCUCUAGCUGUUUGUGAAGCAAAUACAGUGACUUGUUUUGGUCAGCCUGCAGCCCUUUUGUAUUUAAUAAAGAAACUUCUGGAGAAGAGUCUGUGCAUUCACUAUUGAGCUUAAGAUCCUUUACCAAAUAGCUACGAUCCUAAAGCUGUUCCCCGUCUUACUCCCUUUCCAAAUAAAUGGAAGUGUAUUCAAAGGGGUGGGAGUCUUAAGUGUCAGUAUAUGAGCAUGUGUGUGCAGAAACAAUUUGACCCUGUACCUGUCAAACAUGAGAGCUCUAAAGCUUCAUCAGAUUAGGACUGAAUCUGUCAGUAGAUGAACAGGACACUUCCUAGGUUCUUCUGGAGGCAAUAUUACCUUAAUACAUUAAGAAAUUCUGCAUAAGCUAAAAACAGCUUUUAAAAAAGUUUGUUCUUCCCAAUCAAUCCUAUGAUGCCUAUUUAGGUCCAGGCUAGUAGAGAAUGCACAAGGAGUUACCUGCUAACAGCACUGGUUUGUCAACAGUUUGCAUUUCUGGCUGCAAGCUGAUGGUUCUCUGCCCUGCACUGAAUCAUUGCUAGCUUGGUUCUGGGUGUGCCAUAUGGGAAGGCUUCUGGUAGACAAAAUGGCUCUUGCUGUUAUUGAUGGCUGUGAUUGAUGCUUGUGUUACUGACAGGAGUUUGCUCCUCAGUCACCUCGUGUAAAGGUCAUAGCUUUUAUAAUCCUCCAAGCUGUCUGCAUAGUCCAUGUGCCUGUGCAGGAACCCAACUGCCAUUAGACCCCAAGCUGCUGCUCAGCGGAAAUGCAAGGGGAAAAGCGGAAGAGAACAAACACCUCGCUGCUUCCAUCAGCAGCUGCAGUGGUGUUUGGGAAUCUAGUUUGCUGCCCUGUCACAGGUAGCAUACAUCUACCACAGUUUUACAUCUCUCCUGUGUCUUGCAGGUUUCCUUAUUACACCACACUUUGUCUUGCAAUACUAUUUUGGUCUCUGGGCUUUUAUCCUGGUGUUUUGUGGAUGUCUGCUUCUUGGAGAGGCACUGUAAUCCUUUAGUAUCUGCUGCUCAUAGCAUCUCUGUCUCAAUCCCACCAAUGUGUGAUCCAGACAUAAAAGCAGCACUCCAGGUUACAGAAACCAUUUGGUACUGGAAUGGCCUUUGAUGGGGGUACAUAUGUCACAGCAGUCAUGGCAGUAUCUGCUGCUUUCAGUGACAAAUAGACUUGGGGUGCUCCUCACACCUCUCAGCCCCCAUGGAUGGUGUUCUGAAGCCUUCAUUACAGAAGUCUUUCUCACAUUUCUGAAACAGAAUGAUAAAUGCCUUCAAAUGCUUUUGGAAACCUCCAUGGGGAUGUUGGGAACUAAAACUCUUCUCCCACAGUCUCGGUGAAACUUCUGAAAGUCUUUGAAAUCUUCCAUAAAUUGCUGCUUUUUAUGGCACUGCUGGAAGUUGUGAGGUAAGCACCAGGAAGGCAGUGUGAGUAUGAAUAUGGGGCAAAGCUGGCUGAAACUGUUCAUCAUGUGGGAAUGUACCUAACAGGAUUGGUGCUCUCUCAAGGAUCAAGAAUUCAGUUCUCUGGUGAUACUGAUGUGGCCCUAUAUGAAGAUGUAAAUUUUCUUCUGAAAGCCAUGUUUUGACUUUUGCUUUAUGUGAAAAAAUGCACUGCGCCUUCCUUAGCAUGUUUGCAUUUAUGCUUUGAGUGAUUCUUAAGAGCUUACAAAUCAGUUGAUAGAUUUAAUCCAAAAGCUAACCCACUGGGAACUUCAGUACCUUGUCCCAAGCUCUCCCAGUUUAUCCAUUGAGGGAGGUAAAUCACAAGAACAUCUGGAACAAAGUCAUUUCUAAAAAGUUAAUAUGAAAAUUAAUGGUUGCCUUUUAUUGUUUUUUGGAACCAAAAUUUCUCCUUUGAAGUGAUUGCUGUAAGAAGUGUUCUUUCAGAGAAGCACAAUUGCCUUCUUUGAAUGUGUUUCCAUCUCCUACUGAGCUGAGUACUAGUGAGCAGUGUCUUUCAACCCAACAGACUAUCAGCUAUUCUAAAUAAGCAUCCAUCUUUCUAAGUUCAUUCCUUUAGCUUUCUGUUUGGAGCACAUGAAGUGUUACUGAGAUUAGUUUAGACAAAGUUGUCCCUGGGCAAGGCAAGGGAGUGAAGCAAGUUACCCAACAUAAAAGCAGAACACCAGCUCCAGCACAAACACCUUCUUGAAGGGUAGCUUGUCCUCAGUUCUCCUGGGACAGAAGGUGGCGACAGAAGAUGCCAAGGACAAUCCCUGGUUUGAGUAUCCCUGUGGAGUGCAGAUGAGGUGCCAGACCCCCAGGGAGGUACUAUUUUUGUGCAAGUUGCCUGCCAGAGCAGGGAACAGGACAAUGAUUUAGCAGAGCCACAGAGCACUAUGGCUGAGCUGGGAUAUGGCUAUAAUCCCCAAGCGGCUUCCCCACCUAGAGCUGAGCUGUAGCUCUGCUGCCAGAUAUCCUGGGAGCAGAGAAAGCCAGCUGGCUACAUAUGGCAGAUAAAAGGCGUCUUACAGGGAGUUUGUGGCUGCAGUGGCAUGUAAAGAGUAUGCAGGAAGCAGCUGUAUGUUUCCACUGGCAAGACUGUUCUGGGCUAACAUCAUCAGAUACAAGAGGCUGGUGUUGCAGGGUAGGCAAGCAGAAAGGUCACUUAAGUGCAUUCUGAGAAGUGACUUCAGGGGUUCUGCGCAGUGUGGGUGAGCAGCCCCGCACCUGUUGUGCUUUUAGCAAGCUGUGGUGGUGAAAGCAAUGGAAUGGCACCAGCCUGACUCUUUGUCCUUGUGGCUGCCAGGGGAGCAAGUCUUUGCAGGGCUGGAGGAGCAAGCCCGCCAAGCCAUGAUGAAGAACAACUUUUCUGGAGCUCUUGGGGACCAAAGGCCAGCCAUUCAUCCACUGCAAGACCCCGACUCCAGCAGCAGUAGCAGUGAUGAGGAGGAAACCACUCAGGAUGAAGUUUCUUCCCAUACAUCUGAAGAGGAUGGCUCAAUGGUGAAAGUGAAGAAAGAACUGGAGAACGCAGAACAACCCGUGGCUGGCAUGCCAGUGAUGAGGGAAAAUGAGGUGCCUGAGAGUUUGAAUGCUGACCCUAUGUUGGGACUGUCACAGUGCCCCCUCUGCCAGCUGGAGUGUGGAGGCAGAGAGCAGCUCAUUGCUCAUGUGUACCAGCACACAGCAGCUGUGGUGAGUGCCAAGAGCUACAUGUGUCCUGUAUGUGGCAGAGCCCUCAGCUCACCAGGAUCCCUUGGGCGACAUCUCCUGAUCCACUCAGAGGACCAGCUGUCAAACUGUGCAGUCUGUGGGGCACGCUUCACCAGCCACGCCACAUUCAACAGUGAGAAGCUUCCAGAGGUCCUCAGUGCAGAUCGUCGGCCAGCACCACAGAGUGAGGGCUCCUCCAGUGUUGAGGGGAAAGACAUUGCCUUCCACCCGCCCGUGUACCCUGCGGGCAUCCUCCUAGUGUGCAACAACUGUGCCGCAUAUCGUAAGCUGCUGGAGGCCCAGGCGCCUGGCAUGCGAAAAUGGGCACUGCGCCGGCAGAACGAGCCCUUGGAGGUGCGGCUGCAGCGCCUGGAGCGGGAGCGCACAGCCAAGAAGAGCCGGCGGGACAAUGAGACCCCCGAGGAGCGGGAAGUGCGGCGCAUGCGGGAUCGGGAAGCCAAGCGCCUGCAGCGCAUGCAGGAGACGGACGAGCAGCGGGCGCGGCGCCUGCAGAGAGACCGCGAGGCCAUGCGGCUGAAACGCGCCAACGAGACCCCGGAGAAGCGACAGGCCCGGCUCAUCCGGGAGCGAGAGGCCAAGAGGCUCAAGCGGCGCCUGGAGAAAAUGGACAUGAUGCUCCGGGCACAGUUCGGCCAGGACCCCUCUGCCAUGGCUGCCUUGGCAGCUGAAAUGAACUUUUUCCAGCUGCCAGUGAGCAAUGUGGAGCUGGAGAGCCAGCUGCUGGGCAAAAUGACUUUUGAGGAGCAGAGCAACAGCACACUGCAUUAAGCUGCAGUCAAGGACCGUGCCGCCACUGCUGCACCUGCCGUGGGCACACUAGCAGGAUUUGGCACUCGGGAGGCUGCUGUGGAUCCUUGGCUGAUGCUCCCUGACAGACAGUUCUGGUUUUCUCCUGGACAUGGCAGGAGAACAGAGCUGUUUGCCGCAGCGGAUUCUGAGGAUGCAGUCUGCUCUGGGGCCCAAGUCACAGCCUGUGAGCAGGGGGAAAUAAAUUAAUGUUCAUGUUUA